AUGGCAGCGACUCAAGAACCAGCCAGUCUCUUGGACCACCUCGCCCGUGUGCUCUCUGGCAGCCAGCACGCCGCCCUCCGAGACUCGGUCAUCCCGGCCCUGGUCGACGCCAUUGCCGGCACCUCCCGUGCACUGCGUGACGCCCAACAUGUCGCUUUGGCUGGCACAGCCAAUACUUUUGGCGACGACCAGCUCAACGUCGAUGUCCUGGCCGAGAACCUCAUCCGCGAUGCCCUCGCAGCGUGCCCAUCAGUCAGCACCGCCAGUAGCGAGGAAGACCCCAUAGAGCGCCCAGCACAGAAGCAAAAUACGGAGCACGACAGCAUAAAUACGGCUGCGGCAUCUUCAGAAAUAUACACAGUCGCCUUCGAUCCAUUGGACGGGAGCUCCAUCAUUGCUCCAAACUGGACGGUUGGUACCAUUAUCGGCAUAUGGCAAGGCACCACCGCUAUCAGGCAGUCCCCUGCACAGCGCCAGAUCGCCUCCAUCUUGGGCAUCUACGGCCCGCGCACCACGGCAGUCAUUGCUCUCCGUAUCCCUGGCCAGGUCGAAGCCACAUGCUUCGAGGUUGGCAUCAGCGACGACUCGGGGUUCAACGACGCCGAGAUCGUGCGCGCCGAGGUCAAGCUGUCGCUGCCUCCGUUCAAGACGCGUUACUUUGCGCCUGCCAACCUGCGGGCUGCCGCCGACGAUGAGCGGUAUAUGAAGCUGGUCGCGCAUUACAUCCAGAACAAAUACACACUACGAUAUAGCGGGGGUCUCGUGCCCGACGUUGUGCACGCUCUGGUCAAGGGCCACGGGAUCUACGUGUCGCCGGUCACCAGCACAAGCAAGGCCAAACUCCGACGAUUGUACGAGCUGUGCCCGCUUGCCCUGAUCGUGGAGUGCGCCGGGGGCAAGGCGGUUGACCCCGCCAGCGGGCAGAACAUUCUGGACAAGCCACUCGAGGAUAUUGACGAGCGGGGUGGGCUGAUCUGCGGGACAGCGGAGGAGGUUGAUUUCGUUGUGCAGAACCUUGUGGGGUGA